UGAGAGGGAAUAAAACGUCGACAUUAUGAAGUCGUGGCGUCGACUCUGCUUCCUCGUUCUAGCGGUCCCUUUGAUUUCUGGAGGACAACCCUCAACUACAGAUCCAACGCGUAACGAGGAGAGUGCAGACGCAGGUCCCGCUCCCACCUGGACUCCUCCCCCUCUGCCUGAGUCUUUGAAUGACACUGACAGUAACUCCACCCACGCAACGCUGACCGCCCCAUACUCUCCGAGUCAUGAGUUGGAAAAUGCCACAGACGUGACCUCAACAGUGAAUAUGACCAGGACGGGCAGCACACCGGCACCUACAGCGGCCUCGGCCUCGACCGGCGGGACCGAGGGGACUGCUGUCGGUAAAGCCACAGUUCCUAUGACAACAGCAAGCAGCUCACAAACGCCAGGGGAAACUGAAAACAGUGAUAAUUCGUCAUGGGGUUAUGUGAUCAUAGCGUUGAUCUGUAUAGCGAUCAUUGCUCUGUGUGUCAUCCUCUUCUUUCUAAGGAGAGCGUCCAGGAUGUACUCCUUUGACCUCCAGUUUCCAGAUCCCAUCAACAAUCACUUCAACGGUCCCACCGGCACCUUUGAACCAGUCUACCUCGAUGACUUAGCCCCUAACGAUCAAGAAGCCACCAGUGAACCUCCGGUAACCAACGGCACGAGUCCCCAGUCGGAGGAAAAGGGCUCCAAUGGAGAGAACGCUCCACAGGAACAAACACAUGCAAACGGUCUGGAGACGUCAUCACUGAGCUGUAGCACCAGCCCCACAGCGGGCGAUGACCCAGCUGACAUGAUCUCCGACUCACCGAGCAGCGCCAACCUGUUCUUCGAUGAUACUGGAGAGACGCAGCAGAAUGAAAACAACAACAAUCCCUCGGUUUGUUCCAGUGACCCAUUCGUUGAAAUAAACCUGGACGAGCCGGAGUGGUGCGACCAGCUCCUCGACUCCUCUGAAGCCACCUCCUCCGUCCUCCCCUUCUCUCCUUUCUCCUUCUCCACCUCCUCUUAGCACCUUUCAGAAACCACCUCGGCACCAACAUGGAGUCUUUCAAACACCGGGACAUCCUCACCUUUCCUCUCUUUUAUCUCCAGCCUGCUACCAUCUAACUCCAAUCGAGUAUUUUCUGAUGUUCUUGUCUGCAGCUCUUGUUUCUGCAGCAAUAAACUCAGGAAACCCAAAUUAAUACGCAGAGCUAGCUGACUAGCUAGCUUUAAGACUCUUUGUGUUAUCACCAUGGAUGGAUUGUGGGAAAAAUGCCUUCUACCUCCAUAUUGAAAACGAUUCUUUCUGGUCAUUUAAUAUCUCGCGAUGGUUUGACCCUCCUGACCUCUGACUGGAGCCCACAGGCCUGCUGGGUGAUCGAUCCACGGAUUUCACAGUAGUCUUUUCAAAUGAGGCGUCUGAAUUUUUAAGGGCACUAUUGCCUGAAAACUCUUGAAAACAUGACAUCAUGCUUUACCUAAGUAACUGACAUAAGAAAAUACAAGUAGUUUAGUUUCACAGACUGAUACGAAAACGUCAAGUCUUUGUUACAACAAAGUGUUUUCUUCUUUUCUAACUUUAGUUUUAACUCUGAUAAAAAAUGAAUCCAGUUUACAUCUGCAGCUUUUUUGUACACGUGGUAAUAACACUGCACUGACUCUCUUGAUGUUUAAAGUCUCAAUGAAAACCUAUUUUUAAAUGCUCCCCUUAUUUCAUGUACAUGUACUGGAAACAACAUGUCCAAGUAUUCA